GCACUUGAGCCAGACCCUGAAGGGGAGGAGGCCGUUCUGCAGGGGGUAGCCUGAGCAAAGGAGUGGAGGCUGAUCUCAGCAGAGCUCAAACGAACUACGGAGACUGGGCUCAGGGGAUCUGGGGCGAUUCUGGUGGGCACUGAGCCCCGAGCCAUGAUGAAGACUUUGUCCAGCGGGAACUGCACGCUCAGUGUGCCCGCCAAGAACUCAUACCGUAUGGUGGUGCUGGGUGCCUCUCGGGUGGGCAAGAGCUCUAUCGUGUCUCGCUUCCUCAAUGGCCGCUUCGAGGACCAGUACACACCCACCAUCGAGGACUUCCACCGCAAGGUGUACAACAUCCGCGGCGACAUGUACCAGCUUGACAUCCUGGACACCUCCGGCAACCACCCCUUCCCUGCCAUGCGCAGGCUCUCCAUCCUCACAGGGGACGUCUUCAUCCUGGUGUUCAGCCUGGAUAACCGGGAGUCCUUCGAUGAGGUCAAGCGCCUCCAGAAGCAGAUCCUAGAGGUCAAGUCCUGCCUGAAGAACAAGACCAAGGAGGCGGGGGAGCUGCCCAUGGUCAUCUGUGGCAACAAGAACGAUCACGGCGAGCUCUGCCGCCAGGUGCCCACCACCGAGGCCGAGCUGCUGGUGUCGGGCGACGAGAACUGUGCCUACUUCGAGGUGUCGGCCAAGAAGAACACCAACGUGGACGAGAUGUUCUACGUGCUCUUCAGCAUGGCCAAGCUGCCGCACGAGAUGAGCCCCGCCCUGCACCGCAAGAUCUCCGUGCAGUACGGCGACGCCUUCCACCCCAGGCCCUUCUGCAUGCGCCGCAUCAAGGAGGUAGAUGCCUACGGCAUGGUCUCGCCCUUCGCCCGCCGCCCUAGCGUCAACAGUGACCUCAAGUACAUCAAGGCCAAGGUUCUUCGGGAAGGCCAGGCCCGCGAGAGGGACAAGUGCACCAUCCAGUGAGCAAGGGAUGCUGGCGUGGGGCUUGGGCUGUGCCUUCAGGGAGGUGGCCCCAGAUGCCUGCUGUGCGCAUCCCCCCACCGAGGCCCCCGUGGCAGGCUUGUUCACAGACUUGGCACCAGGCUGGAGGCCCCCAGGCACUUGCCUCCGCAUAUCCGUCUGCCUUCUCACAGCGUCCCCGAGUCUCCUCGUCCGCAGCUCCUUGGUGGUUAUGCUCCUCUAUGGGAAGACACAUCUCUGCAGCCUAAAGAGUUACGCAGAGACCCAAGUUAUGCUUUCCUCUCCUGAGGUUGGAAGAAACGCUGAUGCCAGAGGGAUGAGGAUUGCUGCGUCAAAUGGAACCUCCUGGGACAAGAACCAGGAUGGAAAGGACACCGGGACCCAGAUGGGAGAGGUCUCCUCUCUCCUGGCAUAAGACCCAGCUUGGCUUGGGUGGCAGCUGAGAGAAUGUCUCUCUCAGCCCCGCAACUCCUGCCCUCCGGUUCAGCUGCCUCUGCACCCCUCCAGUUGCCCCUGACAUUGAGCCAGCCGCGGCUGUGUGUUUGAAGGGCUUGGCCACACCUAGACCACGCCCACCUCCUGACCGCGUUCCUCAGCCUCCCCUCCCCGUCCCUCCUCUCCCAGGUCCCCCCCGACAGUUGUGCUUUAUUGUGGUUGCAGCUGUUUUCAUGUCAUGUGUAGCAGUAGAAAUGGAAAUCACUGUACUGUAAAAGCCUAGUGACCCCCUCCUUGGCCAGGUCCUCACCCAGUUCAGAUCCACGGCCUCCACCAGGGACGCCUUCUCCUCUGCUCCUGAACAGGGUUCCCAUGGCCUGUCUGCAGCUAGAUAUUGACCUCUGCCACCGAGCUCCACAGUUUGCAGACGAUUGCACAAGCGUGGGGCAGACAGGCCACGGCUGCUUUUUUAUGCUCCCAUUUCACAGAGGAUACCACCGGGCAAGGACACAGCCUGGUAGGGACAUGAUGAGCCCCAGGUCCCCCCACUGCCCCCCAGCAAGUUCAGGGUACAGCUCCACCUAGAACCUAGCUGUCCUCUACUGUUCUUGUUACGCAAGCAUUUAUUAAGCACCUACUGGGUGCUGGGUUCACUGUGUCCUAGGAAACCAAGAGGGUCCCCAGCCCUGGCCCCUGCCCACCCCUGCUGCCCUGCCACCCUCUGCACACACAGUGGUGAGGGGGCAGGGAGGAGCAGCUAGGACUCAGAACUGAGCCAGGAAGGGCUCUGACAGAGAAGCUCAGGGUGGGUCUUUUCCUUGUGCCCGGGAUUGGGCUGUAC